UAGAUAUGAAUUGAGGAUAUAUAAACAAUGGCUUGGUUGUCUAGUUUGAACAAAUGUUGUUUUCUCUAAUCAAUAACAAAGGAAUAAUAGCAAACGAUGUUGAUGGCAAUGUGCUCCCAAUUAGGAACAUCACACUCGUGGACUCCAACACAGUGUCACCUAAAUGCCCCCACCAAAACAUUCCAAAAAGCCAAAACAACACACUCAAUGCCUCCAGAGAAGAAAGAAAUUUUCAAGUCAUUAGAGAGUUGGGUAUCCGAACGUGUAUUGCCAUUGGCCAAACCUGUGGAGGAAUGCUGGCAGCCACAUGAUUUCUUGCCAAACUCAACAUUACCGUCAGACGAGUUCAUCGAUCAAGUGAAUGACUUAAGGGAUCGAACUGCUGGGCUUCCGGACGAAUAUCUGGCAGUUCUUGUGGGUAACAUGAUCACUGAGGAAGCAUUGCCUACCUACCAAUCCUAUUUGAACAACAUGGAUGGUGGGGUUGCAGAUGAGACCGGUGCAAGCAACAAUCCAUGGGCUAUAUGGUCGCGCUCAUGGACUGCUGAGGAGAAUAGACAUGGAGAUUUGCUCAAAACUUAUCUCUAUCUAACUGGUCGAGUUGAUAUGCAAAUGGUCGAAAAGACUAUCCAAUACUUGAUUGGAGCUGGCAUGGAUAUAGGAACUGAAAACAACCCAUAUAUGGGCUUUGUGUAUACAUCUUUUCAAGAACGAGCCACUUUUGUGUCGGACGGUUGUUUGGCCCGACUAGCUAGGGAAAGGGGUGAUCGAGUUCUUUCAUGCAUAUGUGGUACGAUUGCUGCAGAUGAGAAGCGUCAUGAGAUUGCAUAUGAGAGGAUUGUUGAGAAACUUUUAGAAGUGGACCCCACAGAGACGAUGAUAGCCAUAUCAAAAAUAUUGAGUGGACACAUAACGAUGCCCGGGCACUUGAUGCAUGAUGGACGAGACCCACACCUCUUCAGCCAUUUCUCUGCUGUAGCACAACGUAUUGGUGUGUACACGGUGAGUGACUACAUUAAUAAUUUGGAAUUCUUGAUUAGACAAUGGAGAUUGGAGAAGAUAGAAGGUUUAACGAGCGAGGGGAAACAUGCACAAGAGGUUGUGUGUGGACAUGUAGCUAGGAUUAGGAGGCUACAAGAACGUGCUGAUGAGCGGGUGCAAAAGAUGAGGCCAACCUUUAGUUGGAUCUCCAACAAAAAAAAAGUCCUUAUGUUUGAAAAAAGCUAGGUGAAAAGGCAAUGAUUAUGUAAUUUAUAAACUCUUAUUAUCCUAGUGUUUGGUUAUGAAAUACUCACUAGGUAAUAAAUAAAUUUAUUAUAAAAAAAUAUGAGGACUAUUGUUCAACAAUAUCAUCGAGAGAUUAAGUACAGUUCAUGAUAAUAAAACAAAUAGAAUAUAGUUUUUAAUUAUA